ACUGGCUCGAUACUCUCAAAGAUGCUAUGUAUGUUGCUGAUGACUUGCUGGAUGAAGUCUUCACCAAAGCUGCCACUCAAAAGGAUCCAGGGAAAAAGACAAGGAGGUCAUAGUGAAAUUGUUGCUGGACGACGAUGAUACUACUGAUGGUGAUAUACCUGUGAUUCCCAUUGUGGGCAUGGGAGGAAUAGGAAAGACUACUUUGGCCCAAUUGGUGUACCAUGAUGACGAAGUGAAGAAGAAUUUUGAUUUUCAAGCUUGGGUUUGUGUGUCCGAAGAGUUUGAUGUUAUCAAGAUCACCAAGACUAUAAUUGAAACAAUAACUUCACGAUCUUGUAAGUUGACAGAUUUGAAUUUACUUCAACAUGAUUUAAAGGAAAAGCUGGCCAGACGAAAAUUCUUUGUUGUCUUGGAUGAUGCAUGGAAUGAAGAUUAUGACGCUUGGAAUAGCCUUCUAAAACCUUUUCAGAAUGGAGUUAAGGGAAGUAAAAUUCUCAUAACUACUAGAAGUAAAAAGGUCGCUUCUGUAGUGCAAACUGUUCCACCUCAUGAACUAAGUUUAUUGUCUCAUGAAGAUUGUUGGUUAGUGUUUUCAAAGCAUGCACGUCUUUCCACUGACUCUAUGCAGAAUACAACUUUGGGAAAGGUUGGCAGAAAUAUUGUAAAGAAGUGUAAUGGAUUGCCAUUGGCAGCUCAAGCCCUUGGAAGCUUAUUGCGUGGGAAUUCUGAUGUCAAGUACUGGAAUCAUAUAUUGAAGAGUGAGAUAUGGGAAUUCUCUGAUGACAGGAUAAAAGUUGUACCGGCAUUAAGAAUUAGCUACUAUUAUCUUCCUUCAUGCUUGAAAGAGUGCUUUGUUUAUUGUUCCUUGUAUCCCAAAGACCAUGAAUUCGACAAAGAUGAAUUGAUUUUGUUAUGGAUGGCAGAAAAUUUUUUACAACCAGUAGGAAAAAAAAGUAUGGAAGAAGUUGGCGAUGAAUAUUUUGAUGAAUUAGUUGCGAGAUCAUUUUUCCAGCCUCAUAGUACUCGGGAAAAGAUAUUUGUGAUGCAUGAUCUGGUGCAUGAUUUGGCAAUGAUCUUUGGUGGAGAGUUCUAUUUUAGAGCUGAGGAGGUUGAGAAUACUGUUGAAGUUGAUAUUAAAACUCGUCAUUUGUCACAUAAUGCUAAAGGCAAUUACCCAAUGUCAAAACUUCUGGGAGUUUGUGACAAAGUAAAACAUACAAGGACAUUUCUUGAAGUUAAUUUGGAUUGGGGGAUUCCAUUCAACAUGGAAAACGCACCAUGCAUUUUACUCUCACAAUUGAAGUACUUGAGAGUUUUGUCGUUUAAAUGCUUCCCUCUUGACUCACUUCCUGAUUCAAUAGGUGAGUUGAUUCAUUUGCGUUACUUGGAUCUAUCGAAGACCUACAUUGUGACAUUGCCCGAGUCAUUCGGUAACCUGUACAAUUUACAGACUUUGAAGCUGAAUGGAUGUGCAAAUCUGAAAAUUCUUCCAGCUGGCAUGCAUAAUCUUGUCAAUUUGCGUCACCUUGAUAUUACAGGGACUAGUUUGCAUGAGAUGCCGAAAGGCAUGAGCAAAUUGAAAGGUUUGCAGUUUUUAAGCAACUACAUUGUUGGGAAGCAUGAAGAGAACAAGAUCAAAGAACUGGGAGCACUUGCAAAUCUACACCAAUCAAUUUCCAUUACCAAAUUGGAGAAUGUGGUCAACAGCAAUGAAGCUUCGGAGGCAAGAAUGUGUGAUAAGGAUGGCAUUAACUCUUUGAGCUUGUUGUGGUCAAUAGAUAAAGAUGAGAACACAGUAGAUUCCCAAAUUGAAAGAGAUAUACUUGACAAGUUACGACCUCACAGUAAUUUGAAAGAACUACAAAUCAGGGGUUACAGGGGUACAACACUUCCAGAUUGGUUGGGGCAUUCUUCCUACCACAACAUCACCAAGGUACUUAUGGGCGGUUUCCUUUCAGGUGGUUUCAGAAAUUGUUGUAUGCUUCCUUCACUUGGAGAGUUGCCUUCUUUGAAGCACCUAAAAAUUAAAGGCUUUGAAAGGCUUGGGAUUGUUGGUGCUGAAUUUUACCAAAACCAUGAUUCUUGUGUGGAGACACCAUUUCCAAUGCUUGAAACUCUCUGGUUCGAAUCAAUGCCUUGCUGGAAGGAGUGGCGUUCAUUGGAGUUCAAUGCAUUUCCCAGACUUAGGAAGCUUACCAUAUGGGGGUGUCCCAUGUUGACAGGAGAUUUGCCCAAUCAUCUACCAUCUUUGAAAUAUCUUGAUAUUCGGAAUUGCGAGCAGCUGAGUUCUUGCCUUCCAAGAGCUCCUGCUAUUACCAAAUUGUGUCUGCUUCAUAGCAAUAAUGUGAGAAUUUUAGAGCUACCUUCUUUAUUGCAUGAACUAUUAAUCAAAGGAAAGAAUCUAGUGGAGGCCGUCAUGCCGGCCAUAACAAACACCCAACUGAGUUGCCUCACAUCUUUAUCUAUCUCAGAUUGUUCCUCCCAUAUAUUGUUUCCAUUGAGUAGUAUUCCUGCAUCAGUGAAAAAGUUGAGGAUAUCAAGUUGUAGAAACUUAGAAUUCCAAAUUGAAGGCCAACACGACUCGCUGCAUAUACUUGAAAUAACUAACAGCUGUGAUUCGGUUACAUCCUUCUCGUUGUUGGAUUCCUUUCCUAAUCUAGUGUGUGCUGACAUCACGGACUGUGAAAAGAUGGAGUCUGUUGUGGUGUCAUGCUCUCUUUCAUGUCUCCGUUCAUUAUAUAUAUACAACUGUGCCAGAUUGAAAUCCAUUUCCACGCUGUGGACAGCAGCACCUCAGCUAGAGAAUCUCACAAUAAUGGGCUGUCCAGAAAUCGAUUUGUCUGCUAUAAGGGAUCCACACUGUAGCUUGAGAUCUCUUCGCAUCGGCUACUUCGAGAAGCUAGUGAGCAGUGCAGCAUUGAUGAGUUUGCAAUUUCAUGGGCUUACUCAUCUUACCAUUGAAGGUGAAUGCGAAAGAGUGAGUGUGAAGUCUCUCCCAAAGGAAGGUUGGUUGCCUGCAUGCCUUGAGUCUCUGAUACUGAAUCGCAUUAAAAGUGUGGAGACGUUGGAAUGCAAGGGACUAGUCCACCUCAACUCCCUCCGAAGUUUAACCAUUAUUGAAUGUCCCAAGCUGGAGAAUAUUGAGGGAGAAAAGCUACCUGCCUCUCUAAUUCGACUCAUCAUCAAAGAAAGCCAUUUGCUUGGUAAGAGGUGUGAGAUGAAGGACCUACAGGUUUGGCCUAAAAUUUCCCACAUCCGCGGCAUUCAAGUUAAUGGAAGAUGGAUUUGGUAGAUGGUAACACAAGAUUUUGCACAAAUAUUUACACACUGCAUAUAAACUAACACUUCAUACCUUCUCCUGAAUGACUUCUCUCCUCAUUCUCAACUCUAGCACAGGACAGCAUACAGCCGCAUGAAGAAUAUUCAAUUAUUUGAAUAUGAAGAGUGGUCCAGAAUCUUAAAGAGGCAGGUAUUGAUGUUUACAAAGAUAUCUCUACUUCAAUAUUGUCAAAAACUUCAGCUACCAUCUCCUGAGGAGUUACCUUAUUUGUAUAAACUACCCGGCUCUUCGACAUGAUUUGUUCCACAUGUUUAGACAAAGCAAGAUGCUUACAAGUUUUGACAAUAUUAUUACUGCAGCAAGGAUGGAUACUGGCAUAAAGCAUGCUAACAUUGUCAAGGUUAUAGGUCGCACUGGGUCAAGAGGGCAAGUGACCCAGGUUAGAGUCAAGUUUCUGGAUGAUCAGAACCGCCACAUCAUGAGG